CUCAUUCCGGUCUUUAUCCCCUCUCUCUACUCCAUACACUAACGUCCCAGCUCGACGUCUAUCGGUGUCUGACUCACCAAUUGCCAGAGUGAUAUGGCAGUCAAAACAGCCUCUUCAGCUCUUAUGUGCUAGCAAAGCGGAACAAAGCCCUCGUCUAAGUGGCUGCACUUACAGAGCAGUCGGCCCAGCCAUGGGCUCAACCAGACAAGUAUAUUCUACCGGCUCUACUCCCGACUUCCUGCAAUCAGUUUUACAACAUGACUCUAUCUCAACAACCCUGAUUGUAUGCUCAACCAGGGAUCAAUUUUUGACCCGAUUGCUCGCUGCUACUCAUCCAACCAGGGGAGAAGUCGCUGGGCGCCAUCACAUCUACGGCAAAACCAUCGGACUAUUGUCUAGAUCCAGCCGGGUUAGAGUAUUAUUCUGCCCAACUCUGGAGAAUCUACGCGCCUGCUUGUCGGUAGUAGGGUCCCAACGUAUCCCUCAGAAUGAAAAGGAAUCACAUGAGCAGACCGAAGCACGGCCUCUAUUGGCGGUCCUUGAUUCCCUAUCUCUCCAUGCCCCAACCACGGAAUUCUCCGCGCAAGGCCUGUCCAGAACCUUCGCAGCACUGGCAGAAACCUCCUUCAGAGCAGAUAUGGACCUUGUGCUCUGCGAAUGCCAAGACUCAACGAACCAUGAAGACUUACCGUGGAAUGCACAGGUGCCCAUGCUGAAUAGUACUGUGCGUGUCUCAGAAGAAACCGCCCUCUUUCGACGAACUGUACCUGUGAAACGAGUCGCAGAACGUUGGUUUGAGUUCAUUGAGAAAGACUAUGCCACUGCAGGCACCGUGGAUGAUGCACGGGGUAAUGCUCAAACACACACUGAGAUAGAAGAGGACAGAGAUUUUCAAUAAUACCCAGUAAUGAAAGACUCCCACAAUGCAAU